CCUGUCACUGAGCCUGCUGUAAGUGGCAGUCCGCAGCAGAGAGGUGCCCGGCAGCCGCAGCAUCGCCCUCCUCAGCACCAUGACAGAGCAGACGGAGUCUCCGGUGCACAGCCAGCAGCAGAUCGGGUGGCCAAUCUGCAGGGAGAGCUACGAACUCCAGGAGGUGAUCGGAAGCGGCGCCACAGCAGUGGUCCAGGCAGCGCUAUGCAAACCCAGACAAGAGAGAGUGGCCAUAAAGAGAAUAAACUUAGAGAAAUGCCAAACCAGCAUGGAUGAGUUGCUAAAAGAGAUACAAGCCAUGAGUCAGUGCAGCCACCCCAAUGUUGUAACAUAUUAUACCUCAUUUGUGGUGAAGGAGGAGCUGUGGCUGGUUAUGAAGUUACUAAGUGGAGGUUCAAUGCUGGAUAUAAUAAAGCACGUUGUUGGCAGAGGAGAACACAAGAGUGGAGUGUUAGAAGAACCAAUUAUCGCAACAAUACUUAAAGAAGUUUUGGAAGGCUUAGAUUAUCUUCAUAGAAAUGGUCAAAUUCACAGGGAUUUAAAGGCCGGUAAUAUCCUUUUGGGAGAAGAUGGAUCAAUACAGAUAGCAGAUUUUGGUGUCAGUUCAUUUUUAGCAACAGGUGGUGAUGUCACCAGAAAUAAAGUAAGAAAAACCUUUGUUGGCACCCCCUGCUGGAUGGCCCCAGAAGUAAUGGAACAGGUUCGAGGAUAUGACUUUAAAGCCGAUAUAUGGAGCUUCGGAAUAACGACAAUUGAACUAGCCACGGGUGCAGCUCCCUAUCACAAGUAUCCUCCAAUGAAGGUGUUAAUGCUCACCUUGCAAAACGAUCCCCCAACUUUAGAAACUGGAGUAGAAGAUAAAGAAAUGACAAGAAGAUACGGGAAAUCCUUUAGGAAGCUUAUUUCAUUGUGUCUCCAGAAAGACCCAUCAAAGAGGCCAACAGCAGCUGAACUUCUGAAAUGUAAAUUCUUCCAAAAAGCUAAGAAUAGGGAAUAUCUAAUAGAAAGACUCCUUACCAGAACACCAACAAUUUCUCAGAGAGGGAAGAAGGUUAGAAGAGUUCCCGGCUCAAGUGGACACCUCCAUAAAACAGAAGAUGGUGACUGGGAGUGGAGUGAUGAUGAAUUAGAUGAAAAAAGUCCUGAAUACAAAGAUGCUUUAUCCAAAGAAAAGUCAAGACGCAUCAAUGAUGACAGUGAAGAUGCAGAAACUUCCACAGAUAGCAAUAUGCAAACACGAUUGCAGAAUAUGACUGUACUGGAUACUCAGGCACAAACCAAUGAAAGCCAUCAUGAUAAUAGAAAUCCGUCUGUGAUUAACCUUGUUCUGCGGUUAAGAAAUUCCAGAAAGGAACUCAAUGAUAUACGAUUUGAGUUUACUCCAGGCAGGGAUACAGCAGAUGGUGUUUCGCAGGAGCUCUUCUCGGCGGGCCUCGUGGACGGUCAUGAUGUAGUUAUAGUUGCUGCCAAUUUGCAGAAGAUGGUAGACGACCCAUUAUCAUUUAAAGCAAUGACAUUUAAAUUAGUAUCUGGAUGUGAUGGGACAGAAAUUCCUGAUGAAGUCAAGUUGAUUGGGUUCGCACAGUUGAGCAUCAGUUGAUUUGCACUUUAGCUGUGGGUAGUCAUGUUGAUUUUUGGUAGAACAAAAAAGGGACAAAAACAAAAGCACCACAAGAUUUCCUUAAAAUCUAGCAAAUUCACAAAGAUGUACAAAAAAAAUCACACAUAUAAAUCACUGCUGCUAGCCCCCCAAAAAUAAAAAUGUCACGUAGCAAGCCUAUUUGCAGACUCCCAGUACAAAGACCAAGCGAAAUGCACUUAAAGAUAUCUAUAUUUAUUGGUUACUUUCUGGUAAUUUUCUAGAAUAUGUACUUCUCCUUUCACUGUACAUUUUCCUAUAUUUUAUCUGUAAUGAUGAUUAAUAAGACUGCCUAUUUUCUGUAUUAUUUUGAAAGUUAAUAUUCUGGAAAACUAUAUAAAAAAAUAUUAGCCAAACUUGAAUUCUAGAUUUUAAAAAGACUGUGAAGUUUAUUUUCAUAUGUUUGUGAAUUGCACAGUUGAUAUUUUUGGUUAAAGCAGGUCUGGGUAGUCUAUUGCUCUCAAACAAGUGAUGACCUAAAUCUUCCAGCAUGUCCUGUUGGGAAGUUCAUCAAAUACUAGAUGCUUCUAUGUCAUAGGUUGCUCGUAGAUUGCAGCCCUGUUCCAACCACCUGACAGUUUUAUUAUAAUGUAAAGAAGGGCAAAAAAGCAUCAACUCACUAAACAGAAUGUAGCUAUAUUGUUCAGCGAAGUUUGUAAGUUUUCUUAUAUAGUCAUGGAACCAUAGAAAGAGCUUUAUUUAUAGAACUCUUUACAAACACAUAGCACUUGUCGGCACACACAGCGAUGGAAAAAUAAUUGCUAAAAAUGUAACACAUGCCAGUGCCUAUAUACUGCUUCAUUGUGGCAGCAAAGAGCGAGGCUGAAUAUAUCUGAAAUGUAAGGCAAUAUUUCAUGAAUAGGUCAAUCUCACAAUGCUACAAAGUUCAAUCCCUUUCACUAAGGAUGGAGAAAAAUGUGCUGCUUUGACAUAGCAUAU